UGGGCCAGCUGUAGACUCCUGACCUUUGAGAUGACCAUCUCACCAUCCAAAGGAAUGUGCCGCUAAAUCACAAGCAGAUGGGAGGUUGACAUCCCCGGCCUCCAUAUCAUGGACGAUGCUGCAGUGCUUAAGAAGAAAGGCUACAUUCUGGGGGGGAAUUUGGGGGAGAGCUCUUUUGCCAAAGUGAAAUCUGCCUACUCGGAGCGUCUGAAAUUCAACGUGGCCGUGAAAAUCACAGACAGGAGGAAAGUUCCAACCGAGUUCCUGGAAAAAUUCCUCCCCAGGGAGCUGGAGAUCUUGUCGAUGGUGAACCACUGCUCGAUCAUCAAGAUCUACGAGAUCUUUGAGACAUCUGGGAAAGUCUACAUUGUGAUGGAACUUUGUGCCCAAGGAGAUCUGUUGGAGUUCAUCAAGAGCAACCGAGGGCUGCCCGAGGAAGUAGCCCGUCGGAUGUUCCGGCAGCUGUGUAGCGCGGUGAAAUACUGCCACGAUUUAGACGUGGUGCACAGAGACCUGAAAUGCGACAACAUCCUUCUGGAUAAAGAGAUGAAUAUCAAACUCUCUGACUUUGGCUUUUCGAAACGGUGCUAUCGGGAUGGAAAUGGGAAAAUCAUCCACAGCCAGACGUUUUGUGGCUCAGCGGCUUAUGCUGCUCCGGAGGUGAUCCAAGGUAUCCCUUACCACCCCAAAGUUUAUGAUAUGUGGAGCCUGGGCGUCAUCCUUUAUGUCAUGGUCUCUGGGUACAUGCCGUACGAUGACUCCAACGUCAAGCGGAUGCUCCGGUUACAGAAGGAGCAUCGAGUGCUUUUCCCCGAGUCGUUGAGCAUCGAAUGCAAAGAUCUUAUUUUCCGCAUACUACAGCCCAAUGUUUCUCACCGACUAAGGAUCGAAGAAGUUUUGAACCACCCUUGGGUGCAGGGGAAACGCCUGAAGUCACGCAGAUGUGUUUGAAUAACAGGCCAGUAAAGCGCACACACGACACCUAGCAGGAGUACUUAUUGCUUUGCAGAGUGCAGUAAAUGUGAGUUUCUUUG